GCCGACACAUGGGCACCUCUACUCACCCAUUGACUCAACUGGGAACUUGAUGAAAUCUCUCCCACUGCCAGCUGGGGAGAGUCUACUGCUGGCCGGGGUGGGUGACCCGUGGGCUCACAGGCCAGCAGGGGAGCCAGGGAAUGCUAAGUGGAGCUGACUCGUGUCUCACAGUGACCCUCCUUCUGUCUGGGCCCUGGAGAGUCACUUUCCCAGCAAAUGCAGCACAUGGACAGGCCCUUAGGGCUGCCCAGAAUGACAUCUCUGCUAAAUUUCAAAACCUAACAGGCAGCACCUUGGACCUCUCACUGGGCAUCUUCUUUCUUGUACCUAAAGCCAACCAAUUCCCAUGUCAAUACCUGAUUUCUGGCCCGUUGGCCUGGAUGCAGCCACAGCACCGUUCCGGUGGUCUCUAAAUACCUGACUCCAAAGGUUACUAGUUGAUGGCUUCCCAUCCUCCUAUCUCCACCCCCAGGCAAAGUCUUCCCAGCACCUUCGUUCUACUCCUUCCCUUUCACACGUUCCUUCUGUAGUAGAGGAGCGUGCAUGUCACACAUUUUUCUGAUGCUUUCUAGUUUGGAGUCGAGAUCAGCCACCUAUCCCGUAUCAUUCAUGCUGAGGGUGCUGCAUCUCACAGCCUAAUCCCCUGAGCAACAGGAAAUCCCGGGUCCUGAAGCAGGGUCUCAUUCAGCCUAGUUUAGGAACCUGAAAUUGCUGAGUCCGCUCGCAGCACCAGGCUCCCGUUGUGAGCCUCCUGUAACCUGUCCUCCUUCUCUGCUGCUCCCAGCUCACCCCUGGGUUCCAUCUAGUUUCCAUCCUCGAGGAUGCCUCUGCAGUCCUUUCCUUGCUCCCUUUUCACCCAUGAAAGUAGCACCCUGUGCUACUCUCCUUUCUCCCCUCCCUCCCCACUCCAUUCCUCUCCUCUGCUCUCCCCACCCCCCCACCCCGGGGAUCCUUGUUCCUUCUACUGCAGAAACAAUUCACAUUUUCUUUAGAAUUUGCCCCCUUAUCCUCUGGUCUCGGUAUGCACCACUCUCCUUCCUUUCUUUCUCCCCAAGUUGGAAUCUUCUCCCUGAACAGCACGCUCUCCACCCACAGUGGUUCCCUAUGGGCCGACUUCUGAGGGACACGUGCCUCUACAGUUCCUCCUCCACUUCUCUCCCUGCCAGAUCAGCCCGUGGAUGGACACAGAUCAGCUGGUAACAUCCCCAGAAAGGCACACUCUCCUCUUCCUUUUCAUGCUGAAGGCCAUGUUGGCCUCUUCCAGCAGGUUCCAGUUAUUUAUGAGGAGCCUUAGCACCAGAGAAGUUAGUGAGUAGAGAGAGUCAAAGGCCAGUGGCAGGGGCUAGGCCCUCUUGACAGUGAGAGCAGGACAGUACCUGCCACAUCUCCAGCCCCAGGGAGCAAAAUCCAAAGUCCUCUGACCUCCAGGUGACAGCAGGACAGCUGGGUCCUGUUUGGUCACAGUUAGUCAUUCCCUUGUGUACCCCCAUGUAUGUCAUUCAUGGAAGACCUCCCUUCUCCCUAAUUUAAUAGGAGACCUGGGACUUUAGCAAAUGAAGUUACUGCAUAUAUUUACAUCAGCCUGGUCAGGCCACUGCUGCAUGCACCCAGGACUGAGCCUUCAACAAUGUCAACGAUUUCUUAGGCAGCACACACUGUGGAACCAUCCUGAAUGUGCAGCCACCCCAAAGCUCUCCAAAGGUCCUUUGCCAAAGCUGUUUUUUUUUAAAGGGCUUAGUAAAAGGCCCUGGCUGGUGAGAAACAAAAGAAAAAGCUCCAACAUAAACAAUGAGGAAAAUACAAAGGCUAAGAACCACUGAAUCUGCAGAAAACAGGCAGCAUCAGCCCCAGAAAAACUGCAGGUCCUUUUAGUGGUAUGGCCAUCUGCUCACAUGAGCCUCUGCUUAGAAAGUGAAGGAUGUGGAACACAGAUGGAGCCUCCCUGGAACUGCUCAAGAGGGCCAGUGGACUGACACAUGCUCCUCUGACUGUGAGAGGGAGGACCUGCAGCUCUCCAGAGUGCAGGGCCAGAUGCCUCUGGAUAUGGCUGGAGUGACAGCAAAGUUCCUUGGUCCCUUCUGCUGUAACCAGCAUUGAGAUGGCAAGAAUUGAGGACCUUAGGGAAUCACUUUCUGCCCAAGAACAGAGAGCUACCCCAAAGGACUCACAUGACAUGGAGGGCUCUGUGUGAAAUGAACUGCCUAGGAACAAGUCUGCACAGAAACGAAGGAGGUUUAAUAAAUGGUUUACCCACUCAGAAACGCAUCUUGUGAAGGAUGCAGCACAAUGUUGAAUUAAGAACACCGGUCUUGGGACUUCCCUGGUGGUGCAGUGGUUAAGAAUCCACCCGCCAAUGCAGGGGACAUGGGUUCGAGCCCUGGUCCGGGAAGAUCCCACAUGCGGCGGAGCAACUAAGCCCGUGGGCCACAACUACUGAGCCUGCGCUCUAGAGCCCGCAAGCCACAACUGCUGACCCUCGCGCCACAACUGAAGCCCACGCACCUAGAGCCCGUGCUCCACAACAAGAGAAGCCACCGCAAUGAGAAGCCUGCGUACUGCAAUGAAAAGUAGCCCCUGCUCACCGCAACUAGAGAAAGCCUGCACAGCAACAAAGACCCAAUGCAACCAAAUAAUAAAUAAAUAUUAAUUUAAAAAAAAAGAACACAGGUUUUGGAGUCCGACUGACAUGGGUUCAAAUUCUGGCUCCACCACCUAGUAGCUAAGCCAUGUCAACUAAUCACUCGCCCACAGAGGGGGUGAGGAUGUGUGCACUCAGGGCAGCAAGCCCCAGUCACAUACAAACAGUUUAUUAAUUUAUUCAUUCAUUUAUUGAUGGCUUUUCCUUGCUGAGAAUUUACCCCAUCUUUGGUAUUCACACUAAAUACUGGAUUUUACAAUUAAUUAUUUUUGCAAAGGCCUCACUGAAGAAGUAUUUUACUUUCAUGGAAUUUAAGAGGCGAUCAUUUCCACCCUCUGCUGGCUAGAUUUCACACAUUCCCAAGCAGUGAGGAACAGGUGCAAACCUCAGAGUAAAUACAGCUGGAAUGAAUUGAAACUGCACAGCUAACUGGUCUUAUUAAAUUCACAUGAAAGAGAGAUGUGGCUGGCACAUACCAGUCACCUAGUCACUGUCAUUUUCCUGCCCACAGGGCAUCGUUCUGUAAGAAGGGCUGAUAUAAGAGUGGAAUAGGAUCAAGACUGGGGGUGUUGGCUGGCACCCCAUAGACCCCAGUCCAGAUCGACAUCUAACAAAGCUCCAGGCCGUCUGUUUCCAUGAUCUCUUGCCAAGUAACAAACCUCCCCCAAACUUACUAAUUAAACCAACCACCAUUUUAUUUUCUGUCAUGCUCCUGUGUGUUGACGGGGCUCUGCUGGGAGUUCUGCGCACACAGCAUGUGUAGACACUUAGCUGGACUGAGACACGGGUUAGGCCAUAAGACGGUUAAGAUCUCUAAAAGGCAUCUACCCCCCUGUCUCCCUCCUGGCACAGCUGUGCGGGGACGUGUGGGUGCAGUGCGCGCUCACCCCACUAUUACGGGCCUCUGAACCUCUCUGUUCCCCUAGGUCCAUCAGGAGAAUCUGCUUUCCCAAGGGGGAAGCCUUUGUCCAGUGAGGUAGAAAGCUUCCCAUAGUCUACCCGGCCCUCUGGCUGCCCCUGGCCCCCCAGUCUAGAAUGGGGACUGGGGAAGGCAGGGAGCUUCUUUUGUCUCUUAUACUCCUGGGGACAGGUUUCCUCCGGCUCCCUCUUCCAAGAAGGAGAAAUCCUGGAAGAGGCCGCCUCCACAGAAACCUCGGGGCGCCUGGGAGUGAGGGGGAAGAGGGCAGGGUGUGGGAAAGACCGAGGUUCGGCCUGGCGCUGAAGCAUCCCAGAAAGCGGCUCUGGUGCAGGCCCUGUUGGAAGCAGUGCCCACCUCCCGCAUGAAUGUUGCAGGACAGUCUCCUCCCCCGCUCCCCUCCUCCAGCCGGCUCCGGGGCCCAGCACCCACUGACAGAUGCCUGAAGAGCGUCCGCCUGUACCCCUCCUGUAGCCCCGACCCAACUCAGAGGCAAAGGCAGGGCCCACAGAGGGUGUGACUAGUGUCCGUGUCGGGAGGGGACUGGGAGCCAGUGCCCCACGCGGCCUACCUCUUGCUCUUUGUCCUCUCGCAGCACAGCCAUGAAACGCAACGCCCAGCUCUGGUGCCCAGUCCAGAAGGGCACCUACGAGAUCACCCGGAAGACUCGGCAGCAGUGCCAGGCCUGCGCCUGCCGCCUGCGCAAGCUCCUGGAGAGCGGCUGCAGGAAAGACAUGAUCAUGUCUGACAUGGCUGUGGAGCAGAAGCGGGCCUUGAUCAGGAGGAAGAGGAGAGAACAGAUUGGGACUCAGCCCCCUAGAGCCAAGGCUCUGACUGAAGAGCAGCAGAUGAUGAUCAGGGAGUUGAUAACCGCUCAGGUGAAAACCUCUGAUGGCAUCUUCACGCGUUUCAAGAAUUUCCGGCUCAGAGAACUGGUAGCCAGUGGUCUCCAAAAUUCGGAGUCUCUGCAGACUCAGUCAAAUGAAGAAGCUGCCAAGUGGUGCAAGAUCAGGGAAGAUCUACGUUCAGUGAAGGCCUCCCUGCAGCUGCGGGGGGAAGACGGCAGCAUCUGAAACUACAAGCCCGCAGCCGACAAUAGUGGGAAAGAGAUCUCUUCCCUGUUGCCCCACAUGGCUGACACGUCAACCUACAUGUUCAAAGGCAUCAUCAACUUUGCCAAAGUCAUUUCCUAUUUCAGGGACCUGCUCAUCGAGGACCAGAUCUCCCUGCUGAAGGCGGCCGCCUUUGAGCUGUGCCCACUGAGAUUCAACACAAUGUUCAACGCAGAGACCAGGACCUGGGAGUGUGGUCAGCUGUCCUACUGCUUGGAAAACCCUACAGGUGGCUUCCAGCAGCUUCUGCUGGAGCCCGUAUUGAAAUUCCACUACAUGCGGAAGAAGCUGCAGCUGCAUAAGGAGGAGUAUGUGCUGAUGCAGGCCAUCUCCCUCUUCUCUCCAGACCGCCCGGGUGUGGGGCAGUGCCACUUGCUGGACCAGCUGCAGGAGUGGUUCGCCAUUACCCUGAAGGCCUACAUCAAGUGCAACCGGCCCCAGCCCGCCCACCGGUUCCUGUUCCUGAAGAUCAUGGCUAUGCUCACCGAGCUCCGCAGCAUCAACGUCCAGCACACCCAGCGGCUGCUGCGCAUCCAGGACAUUCACCCCUUCGCUACCCCACUCACGCAGAAGUUGUUCAGCAUCACAAAUGGCUGAGCGGCCGCCCCACGGCAGUCAGAGCCAGAGCCCUGGGAGCCAGAGCCACCACUCCUGGGGCCACACAGACAGACACUGACAAUGCCGGGCAGGUCCUGCCUCUCCAGGGAACUCACAAAGACAGCCGUGAGGGUGGCAGGCUAGCCUUCCUCAGCCCCCAGCUCAGCCUGGGGAGAGCCAAGCCCUAGAGCCUUACAUGAAGAGUAUGCUGGCCCCUUGGUCAGGCCUAUCGAGAGGCAAGGGCACCCUCCCCUUAGAAAAGGCCCUGGGUCUGGAGAUCUAGUAUCAUGGUGGGAGAGGGGAGAGGGGAUACGGUGCCUGGGGCUGGGGCAUCUGAGGGUCUAUGCCCACACCCAAGUUCAUUAGCUUCUUGGGUAUUUUCACUGCUACAUCUGCUACCCCUGUCUCCCACUCGCCAGCCGUUCCCAACCCACAGCCUCCUGUCCUGAGUUGCUCCGUGGGUUUCAGGCCUGUGUCCACCAGCAGGUGCAUUAGCGUCUGAGGGAGUCUUUUAGAGAGAGGCCAGAAGGCCUGCACCAAAUGUCACAAGCUUGUCAUUACCUGUCUCUGUGUUUAUUCUUCCCUCCUUCUGGGCACCUCAUUCUGUGUCUCUGCAUCCAUUAAAACACAUCAUUAAGCACCAACAAUGUGCAACCUGCUGUGGGGAAUACAUGCUGACUGACAUGGAUCCUGACCUCGAAGGGGUUAUACACGUGUGUGACUUGGUGCAGGUUUGCUUCACAACCGACCUGGGGCUGGGUGGCUCCUGAGGCUGGAACGCCGAAGGCUCUGUGAUGAGGCUGUACUGACGGCACUUAAUAAAUGUGUUCCUGUUUACACACCUGUUUGCAGAGCUGAAGAGUAUGAAAGUGUCUGCUUUGUUUGUAACCACUUUGAGUAAAAAUGUUGCUGCAUUUUUCGAAAAUUACAUUUCAACUAACUUUACAUAGGGCAUCACACACCUAAGAACCAGGCUUAGCAAAUAUGAUCCUGUGGUUAACGUCAAAUCAAGGCAAGAGGACUUCAAUAAUUAACUUAUGGCUAGAUUUAAGCCUUUUUUGGCCUUCCUUUCUGGGGGAAAAAAAGAAAUGUGGGGGUGGUGAAAUAGAGAUAUUAUAUAUUUGUAUAUAUUUCUAAAUUUUUAUUUUACUAUUGCCCUUUACAUAUCUGAAGACUGUUGGUGUGAGAACAUAAAAAUGCAUUAUUUGAGCUUCCCUGGUGGCGCAGUGCUUAAAAAUCUGCCUGCCAAUCCAGGGGACACGGGUUCGAGCCCUGAUCUGGGAAGAUCCCACAUGCCGUGGAGUGACUAAGCCUGUGUGCCACAAUUACUGAGCCCGUGUGCUGCAACUACUGAAGCCUGCGCGCCUAGAGCCCAUGCUCCGCAACAAGAGAAGCCACCGCAAUGAGAAGCCCGCGCACCACAGCAAAGAGUAGCCCCCGCUUGCCGCAACUAGAGAAAGCCCGUGCACAGCAACGAAGACCCAACGGAGCCAAAAAUAAAUAAAUAAAUAAAUUU